CGCGGAAAUAAGCGCCGAGCGCCGCCCCUCCGCAGCCAUGGCGGCGCGAAUGAAGCCGUGCGUGGUGCGGCGGGGCGACGGGCGCGAGCAGCACGGGCUGGCCGCCUCCUGCCUGCGGGAGCUGCGCGACAAGGCUGGCCGCGCUCUGGAUAUCGGCGAGGACGGGCGGCCCAUCACCUUGGUGCUGGCGGAGGAUGGCACCAUCGUGGACGACGAGGACUACUUCCUGUGCCUGCCAUCCAACACCAAGUUCGUGGCGCUGGCCAAGGGCGAGAGGUGGUCCGGGAAGAGCGCAGAAUGCAGAUCGACCUGGCUCUCAGAGCCUGCGGACGAAGUGGACAGCGGUGCAGAGAGGUGGAGGCAGCUGGCCCGGCAGCUGAAGGGUGACCUGUCCAACAUCAUCCUGAUGUCUGAAGAAGACCUGCAGGUGCUUAUUGAUGUACCAUGUUCGGAUCUGGCAGAGGAACUUGCCCAAAGUCAAGCCAAAACCCAGGUAUUGCAGGACACCCUGCAGCAGGUGCUGGACAGACGAGAAGAGGAACGCCAGUCAAAGCAGCUCCUGGAACUCUACUUAGAGGCCUUGAAAAAUGAAGACAACAUCUUGAGCAAAGUAGCAGAGUCUGAGAGUGCACCAGGAAAGGAGAUGGAUGUGGUUGACACAGGUUCCAGCAGUGCAGGGUCUUCAGCCAGAACAGCCCUCAGUGAUCAGAUCUUUGCUGUUUUAAAAGAGAAACCUGCCCCAGAGCUCUGCUUGGACAGUCAGACUCUAGAGCUGGUGGUGAAAGAAGACACACAAACCCUGGCUGCAGCUUUAGGCUGGGACAAGCAGAAAGCUGAAGCUGUACAACAAGCCUGUGAUCAGGAGCUCUGCAAGCGUCUACAGCAAGUGCAGACUUUGCACUCCCUGAGGAGCGCAUCAAGGGGCAAGAAAGCACUGCCUUGUGGAGAUGGGCUCAGUUCAAAACGCAGAAAAUAACACUGUAGUUCUGCCUCAUGUGAGGGAAAUGCAAGUAGUUGUCGGUUGCAUUUUUUUAAUUUUUUUUUUUUUAAUUAGAACCAACAGAAAUAAGGUAUGUCCUGGGAGCCAUGGUUUGCUGGUCAUACUGUGGUCUGGCUGCAGAAAACUCAAAUUUGGAUGUUGUCCUGAGGCAUAAAUACUUGUGAUGAUUCAAAUCAUGUGUAACCAAAGGGAUUUGGAUUUUUUGCAGAGUAGUAAAACAAUGGUAUUGCUAAACACAGCAUGUAAGAGUUGAGCUUUGAAUAGCUCGUUGGGGUGGGAGCCAGAAAAUUCCAUCUGAUAAUGCUGAUCUAGCUCUGAAGCCUCAGGCAGUCUGCUCACCUUCCCACAAUUUUCAGCAGAAAGGAUGAAAAUUAUUUACAUCAUUAAUGAACAGAAAGCAGGCAUUUUGAUUAUUGCUCACUGAACACAGAACAUUUGGGGUUUUUUGGGGGUUGGGUUUUUUGGGUUUUUUUGAGGGAUUUAUUGUGAUACUAGCAUUGGGCAGUUUUUCCAGCUGCUUCCUUUAAUCUCUAGCCUGGCAUCCAGGCACUUGGAAUUCUCAUGCUAAUCUUACCUGUUAAAGUAAAAUCAAAACCUCUUCUGUGUUUUUGUUGUGGUUAUGGGGAUUUUUUUGUUUGUUUAUUUUUCAUGUAAAAAAACUCCUGCAUCUUUCAGUGUAGUGCAAGCACUAAUUUGUAGAACAGCUAAAAUGGAAAUGCUUGUUUUGAAUGGCUGUAGGGCAGAAGACUUGUAUUUGGCUGGUCUGUAUUCUAACCAUUGGUAUAUCAUCAUGACAGCUCUGCAUUAACCUGCUUGUUUUUAAAUUGAAUGAAUUCUCAUGUCUUUAAAACUUUUUUGUACUAAAAUGUUGGAUUACUUUUGAUGUGGCUGCUAUGAUUAAAGAAUGUGCCAGUAAGUAUAGUA